UAUGAAAUAUACAGACAACUAAGAAGAAAUCACUCUUGAUCAACUUAAAGAGUAUCUAAAAGACUAAGGAAAUUACAAUGAAGAAACAUUCUCUCAAAAUGUUGAUAUUUUCUAAUAGUUGAUUGAUGAUCUUAUCUAAAAUGAUUCAGAAUAAACCUAUGAAUAAUAUGUAUCUAAUAAAUAUAUUAUUUAAGGGGAUAUCAUCAUAAGAAUUACAUUAAACUUGGUUAAGUGAAAAAGAUAGAGUGUUAUCAUAUUAUAUAAAAAAGAGAACUUAAGGUUAAAAAGUAAUAAUCUAUAUAUUAUUAAUAUUAGAUUGAAAAAUUUCAAUGGUCAGUUAAUAAUCAAUUCUAUUCAAAAAAAGCUAAAAAUAUAAAUAAACCUGUUUGCAUUAUGAAUCUGAAGGUAUGACUUCUAAAAAUGUGCAAUAGUCAAAAGAUGUUGUUAAUAAAACCUAUAAAUUUCAUACAUUUGAAAUAAAUGAAGAAGAUUUAAAUUAUAUUGAAGAUCAAAUGAAAAAAAUAGAGUAAACUAUAAAUGCAUUGCUUUUAUGA